AAGCCUCAAGAAGUUAUGUUCAAGAAAAAUAUAUUGUGCUUGUUUGAGGUGUCAGCUCAGACUUCUGAGUGUCUCUACCUGUCUGAGCUUCAUCCAGCUGUGGUGGGUACAGUGGUGAUAGAUUCCACAUCCUGCUCCUAAAUUGGACUCAGUGUUACACCCUCGACAGCACUGUUUCCCUGCAGAGUCCGUACGUGCGCACACACACACACACACACACACACACACUUGUGGGUGGCUCCUGUAGAGCAUAAAAGCAGAAGUUUCUCAAGACGGAGCCGCCGCAGACCGACUCCAACCAACAGCAGCUUCUCUCUCCAACUUCUUCUGAGGAGGACCCUCGCCAGUCAACUGUCUCCGUCAUGUCCGAUCAAGGCGCGGCCCCGAUCGCCUCCUCUCUCCCCCCAGCUCCGCCCGGACCCCCCCCCAAGACGACGAGCCGCGGCCGCUCCGCCGUUCCCGUCUCGACCUUGAACUCGGAGUCCUUUGACAUUCCCGAGUUUGAGCCGUUCGGCGCCCCGGGCCCGAGAGGAUUUCCCCCGAUGACCGAGUAUCUGGACAUUUGGGACGUGGACAUGAUGAGGAGGCCGAACGAGAGCAACGCGCAGCAGCACCACACCAUGCUGUUCAACUCGGACAAUCUCCUCGUCCGCCGGGGACAAGAGUUCCAGAUCAAGAUCACCUUCAGCCGGCCCUACAAACCCGCCACAGACAUGUUCGCCGUGGAGUUUGUCAUCGGCUCCAGCCCUCAGUACAGCAAGGGCACCCACGUGCCCGUGUUCACCACCAAGGACCGCCAGAGCUCCUGGAAGGGCCGCGUCACGGACGCGGUGGACAGCGCGGUCACGGUGGGCAUCACCCCCGCGGCGACCUGCAUCGUGGGGAAGUACCAGAUGUACAUCGCCGUGAAGACGCCCUUCGGCAUCCGCAGGACCCGACGGGACAAGAGCCGAGAGCUCUACAUCCUCUUCAACCCCUGGGCGUCUGAUGACGCCGUGUUCCUGGAUGACGAGGCGGAGAGGCAGGAGUGUGUGAUGACUGAGAUGGGGAUCAUCUACCACGGCGCCAUCGACGACAUCGCUGAGAGAAACUGGAACUAUGGACAGUUUAACUACGGAGUCCUGGAUGCUUGUCUGUACAUUCUGGAUCGCGCUGACAUGCCCGUCACCAGCAGAGGAGACCCCAUCAGGGUGACCAGAAUGGCUUCUGCUAUGCUGAACUCUCGCGAUGACGAUGGCGUGCUGGUGGGGAACUGGAGCGGCGACUACACCUACGGCGUGGCGCCCACCUCCUGGACCGGCAGCACAGAAAUCCUGCUGAGCUACGCCAGCAGCAAGAUGCCCGUCUGCUACGCUCAGUGCUGGGUCUACGCCGGCGUCUUCAACACCUUCCUGCGCUGUCUGGGCAUCCCGUCGCGCGUCGUCACCAACUACUUCUCCGCUCACGACAACGACGGAAACCUCAAGAUGGACAUCAUCCUGGACGAGGAGGGCAGGAUCGACCGGAGCCGCACCAGAGACUCCAUCUGGAACUAUCACUGCUGGAAUGAGUGCUACAUGUCCAGACCGGACCUCCCCCCUGGCUUCGGAGGCUGGCAGAUUGUGGAUUCAACGCCGCAGGAGACCAGCGACGGCAUGUACAGAUGUGGUCCUGCAUCAGUCCAGGCCAUCAAACACGGCCAGCUGUGCUUCCCGUUCGACGCCCCCUUCGUGUUCGCCGAGGUCAACAGCGACGUGGUGUUUUACACCCGCGAUAAAGACGGAACCCUGGAGGCGGUCAAGGUGAACCGGACCCACAUAGGCAGCGCGGUUUUGACCAAGACUCCGGCAGCGAUGACGCGCCGUGACAUCACCGAUCAGUACAAGUUUCCCGAAGGCAGCAAGGAGGAGCGGACCGUCCUGGAGAAGGCCGAGGAGUUCGGCUGCUCCCAGGAGAAGGCCGACCUCCCCGCGGCCGACGUGGACCUGGUCCUGCCCGCGCUGGAGGUCAGCGUGGGCGACAGCUUCGAGCUGAGCCUGGAGUUCGUGAACCGCAGCGGCCAGCGGCGCACCGUGGACGCCUACAUCAGCGGGAGCGUGGUGUACUACACCGGAGUCAGCAGCUCCGAGUUCCUCUUCAAGAAUCCCACGGUGACCAUUGACCCCAACGACAGCGUGAAGGAGUCCGUGACUGUCGAGUCAAAGAAAUACAUUAAGAGUCUGGUGGAGCAGGCCAACCUCCACUUCAUCGCCACGGGGAAGGUGAAGGAGACGGGCAAGAUCGUCAGCGUCAUGAGAGUCGUGACGCUGCACAACCCCAAACUCAACGUCAAGGUGUCCGCCGGCGGUAAAGUGAACGAGGAGAUGACCGUGGCGGUGGAGUUCACCAACCCCUUCAGCUUCGACCUGGAGGGCGUCUACAUUCGCAUGGAAGGGCCCGGGCUCAUGCUGCCCAUGUCCAAAUAUUACAGCCUGAUCCCGGGGAACUCCUCUCUGAUCUGGACCGAGUAUUUUGUCCCGCAGAGGGCGGGCAGCACCAGGGUGAUCGCUUCUCUGGACUGCGCGUCCCUCCGGCAGGUCAACGGCACGGCGUCGGUCACCAUCGAGCCCUGAGGUUCACUCUCAGCUCAGAAACCUGCACCACAGUCACCCAACUGUAGGUCUACCACAGCUUCAGCUUUUAUAACGGGGAUGAGGGUUAGGGACAGAUUCUUUUUUUUU